AUGAUAAACAAACCAAUUUUUAUAUGCUUCGAAUGUUGAACGCUUCAGUCGAUUCCAGCUGGUCAAUGCAUUUCGUUCGCAAUGAACCGUUAUAACUUAAGCACUUUUGGCGUUGAGAAAACUCGGGAAGAAGUCGAUGCAAGCUUUCCACCGUGGUUCAUUAACUUCCAGGAUCCAUUUGAGUUGUAUCGGGCUCAACCGAGUUACAUCUGGUGCCAGGCGUCGUUCUUUUUGGGAGCUUUGCUUUGUAUCAUUCACGCAUUCAAACGAGGCGGACGAUGGCCUUAUAUAUUUCUCGGUGCACUUUGCCAUGGAUUGGUCGUAGAGCUGAUCUCCUACUAUGUGCCAAGUGUUGAUAAUUUUUGGCACUCCAAAACGCCGAUAGAUUUCUUUGGUCACCGAUUGCCGCUGUACAUUAUCUUUCUCUAUCCAGUGUUCUACUAUCAAGCGCACUGGGCCGUAUCUAAACUGCACCUAAAAUGUCGUUGGUCGGAGCACAUGGCCGCUGGGCUUUUGGUAGUGCUAAUCGAUCUGCCGUACGACAUCGUUAGUGUGAAGUUUGUACACUGGACGUGGCACGAUACCGAUCCUAACAUCGCCGAUCGGCACUACUGGGUUCCCUGGAACUCCUACUACUUUCAUGCCACAUUCGCCUUUGCGUUCUCGUUCUUCUUCCACAACGUGCGGAAAUGGAUCGAUCGGAGAAAACUGGACCGCUGGCAAGCGGGCUCUGUGAAAGCAGAGCUGGCCGCUGUAGUAGUGGCUGCCUUGCUGUCCUUCCCUGGAGGUGCACUACUGUUCAUUCCGUUGUAUCAUCCGUUCCAUGACAUCUACAAUGUACCUGGGGAAAUAACAGCCGUUACACUUCUCUUUGUGUUCAUGACCGUACUCUGGAAAUUUGACCGAAAAAGCAAUCGGAGACUACCAGAGCGCUUGAACACAAUGGGUCGUGCCCUGAUGUUCCAUCUAAUCGUUCACUACUCCGUGUUCUUCUCCAUGGUUGCCUUCUUGAACCCGGAAAACGUAGUUGCAGCUGGUCUUCACGAACCAAUUGGUGAUUGCGACGCCAAGACCCCGGUCUACACCGUGCUGAAAACUCUGGAAAAGCGGACCUACCUCUGCGCGGAAGAUUACGAUGAGAAAUACUUCGAUUUCCACUGCCUGGAGCGGCCACCCAAAAACGGUUCCUAUUGGUACACAAUCUGCGGGACGCCAUUCGAAAACCGCGCGGAAUACGUCUUGGUGGUGUCUUUGAUUUGCUUCGUUGCCCUUAUGGUGUUCCGAACGAUACACUUCGAUUACGAUGUUCGCUUCGAUAUCUACGAUCUGGUGCGUAAGGAUAAAAAAGGACAAUCGCCGAAGGAAACUAAGAAGACUAAAUAGAGAUUCCAGAUUCCAUCUGGCUUGGAAUUUGAAACCGGUGUGGUCGUGCACUAUAAAGCGGUUUCGUUAGAAUAAAAACUUUUCGUUUCGAUUUGAUGAAAA